AUGUCUCGAAUUCAUACAUUGUCAGAUAUAGGCAAAGGCAGUAAAUUAGGUGACAUACCAUCUAGUCGAUAUCCAUCUAAUCGAAUAGAACUUGAAAAUCAGCUUGCUUGUGCAAAUCGAGAUCGAGAAAUUGCUAUAGAGUGUGGCAAUCGACUUUCCAAUAAAUGUUCUGUCUUGGAUAAAGAUAAUAAGCGUAUGCAGUAUGAUCUAAAUCGAUCCAAUAAAGAUAAAGAGAAACUUUUUAAGCAUAGUUGUCAACUUAUUAAUGAGGUUAAACGAUUGAAAGUGGACAAUACUAACCUUACAUCCCAGAUUACCCGAUCACAGAUUUCCCGUGAUGAGUAUAAAGCCAGGUAUGAUAUCCAAUUAAAAGAAAUAAAAUCACUCCAGGCUAUGAUUAAGAUAUUGGAGAGUAAGUUAGCAUCAGCCCAAAAAGACGCAUUUUCGAUUCAGGAAAAUUCAUCAAAAAAAGAUUCUGAGAUUAUGUCUCUUAAAGCUGAACUAGAGCAUAUAAAGAGUAAAUUGGCUUCAAAGAUCGAUGAGCUUGAACGAUUAAAAUCAGAUACUACAUCAGCGGUGGCACGGCCAAGAUCCGUGAUUACUGGAGGCGACGAAAAAAAUACGCAGAGCGAGGAACAAAGUUCCAUAUCGAAUUCUGAUAG